AUCCCACCCAUUCUGUUGUGUAAAAGUCCUACUGUCAGGUUAGGGGUCAACAUGGCAGCUAUACAGACGGAAGUUUAUUCAAGCUUGCAACCAUGGCAGAGGCCUUUGCACAUCUAUGGCGGGCUGGUGUGCAACUCUCUGAUGGCUGAUUCCUGGUCGGACCGCUCCCCCCUGCAUGAGGCGGCCUAUCAUGGCAGACUUCUCCACCUGAGGACCCUCCUAGCUCAGGGCUUUCAUGUCAACACACUCACCAUGGAUGCAGUCUCUCCUCUCCACGAGGCUUGCCUGGGUGGCCAUUCCGCUUGUGCAAAGUACCUGCUGGAUCACGGUGCAGAUGUACACCAAGUGGCAACUGGCGGCACCACCCCGCUCUUCAACUCUUGCAGCAGCGGCAGUGCCGCCUGCGUGCGGUUGAUCCUGCAGAACGGCGCUUCUGUCCAUGGUGUGCACCAGCUGGCGUCGCCCAUCCACGAGGUGGCAAAGAAAGACUAUUCCGAGUGUUUGGAGCUGCUGCUGGCCUACCAAGCGGACAUUGACAUGGAGCUGCCCACAAUGGGGACACCUCUGUAUUCUGCCUGCAUGGCCUCCGCUACAACCUGCGUGCAUAUGCUGCUACUUUCUGGAGCAGAUGUUGAACUUGGGUGUGGACGAGACAGACCGUUGCACGCCGCAGUAAGAGGGGGCAGAGCCACAGUUGUGGACCUCCUGUUGGACUUUGGUGCUAAUCAGUGCUGCCGGAACGCUGAAGGCAAGACCCCUCUGGGCGUGGCGGCACCAAACAGCACAGUGAGAGCUAUACUGCAGAACAGAGGUCCUUGCUCCCUCUCUCAGCUGUGUCGCUGUUGUAUUCGGAGAAGUCUGGGGAGCAGUCGCCUUCAUAGAGCCUCCAGCCUUGUACUUCCACACGCAAUCCAAGGCUUCCUCCUCUACCAGUGACACACCUCUGUACAUGUAUGUUUGUGUGACUUUUUAAUUGUAUAUCUUACACGCUUGAGAACAUUUUAUACCACUUUAAAUGCACUGAUUUUGUGCGCGUUAGUGUAUUUUUCUACUGCGCAAAUCCACUGUUUACAUGCACAAUGUGCAAAAUGAUCAAUUGUAGCAGACUUUUUAGGAACCAUGGACAGCGCUACUUGGCUGUUGUCGCCCUCCGGUGGCGAGAAAGAGCAUGUGCUUCCAAGAAAUUAAAAUCAAACAAUACAGAAGAAACUUUGGAGGACUGGGUAGCGUGCAGGCCUCACAGCUACGAGACCGGAGUUAGAUUCCACCCUCGGCCAUCUCUGCGUGGAGUUUGCAUGUUCUCCCCGUGCAUGUCUUCUCCAGGUAUGAAUGUGAGUGUGAAUGGUUGUUUGUCUAUAUGUGCCCUGGGAUUGGCUGGCCACCAGUCCAGGGUGUACCCUGCCUUUUGCCCCAAGACAGCUGGGAUAGGCUCAAACACCCUCCGCGACCCUCGUGAGGAUAAGCGGUAGAAAAUGAAUGAAUGAAUGAAAGAAGAAACUUUAAAGUGGAACACAGGAUGCUGGCCAACUCACAAUCGUGUCAUAUUUGCAGGCAGGUUUCACCAUUGAAAAUAAUGGAAAGGGGACUGUUGCCAUCAGAAGACAU